GGCAGGUCGGCGGCUGUCUGGUCCCUGGGGAUCCUGCUCUAUGACAUGGUCUGCGGGGAUAUUCCAUUCGAGCACGAUGAGGAGAUCAUCAAGGGUCAAGUGUUCUUCAGGCAAAGGGUCUCCUCAGAAUGUCAGCAUCUUAUUAGAUGGUGCCUGGCCCUGAGACCUUCAGAUCGGCCCUCCUUUGAAGAAAUCCAGAACCAUCCAUGGAUGCAGGAUGUCCUCCUACCCCAGGCAACUGCCGAGAUUCAUCUGCACAGCCUGUCACCGGCGCCCAGCAAAUAGCACCCUUUUUGUCAGACCCUCCAGGGAAGGAGAACUUGUCUUCUGACCUUCAACAGGACCCUGCUUGACGAUGCAGGAACAGUAAUGACAACUCAUUCCAGACUCCAGGUCCCUGGAGCAGGGCCCCACCCCCACCCCACGAGGAAAGAAGACUACUUCACUCGUUCUGGACCCCUCUUUGCCUCCCCAUAGACUCUGCUCCUAGUGUUGCUGGCUCUGCAGAAUCUCUGGGUGGGGGAUGGGAGUGGUUCAGAAUCCUGUCAUGGAACUUUUAGUCACCAUGGAGACUGUGGGUCACUAAGAUGGGCCAGGGUAGGGGAAAACAUUUUGGGGGGUGGGAUAAAAACUAGCACCAUAUUUAAGUCCCUGUCACCUCUUCCAACUCCUGAGUGCCUUCUGUGGGGACUCCGCCUGUGCUGGGAGAAAUACUUGAACUUACCUCUUAACCUGCUGCUUCUCAAAUUCUGCCUGGGUUUGCUUCCCUCCUCUCCUUUCCCAUCCCCCCACUUCCUAUGAAAGGUGCCAUGGGAGAGGCUACAGGGCCAUGCUGAGCCACCUGCCCUUUUUCCGCUCCUUUAGUAAAAUUCCCAAGUGAACUGGUCUUCCUUUUUUGGUUCCAACUUAACCGUUUCAAAGCCAAGACCUCACACAGAACGCACAACCAAUGCAACAACCAGACAAGCUGUAAAUGUGUGUAUAUUCCAGCAUGGUAGCCUGCAAAAGGAUUGUAGAUGAUAACAAUUUUAAAGAAAAAAAAAUGCCUUUAAGUU